AUGCCUGUUGCUGCCUGUGCCUGUGCUGCCUGUGCCUGUGCUGCCCGUGCCUGUGCUGCCCGUGCCUGUGCUGCCCGUGCCUGUGCUGCCCGUGCCUGUUGCUGCCCGUGCCUGUGCUGCCCGUGCCUGUUGCUGCCCGUUCCUGUUGCUGCCCGUGCCUGUGCUGCCCGUGCCUGUGCUACCCGUGCCUGUGCUGCCCGUGCCUGUGCUGCCCGUGCCUGUUGCUGCCCGUGCCUGUGCUGCCCGUGCCUGUGCUGCCCGUGCCUGUGCUGCCCGUGCCUGUGCUGCCCGUGCCUGUUGCUGCCCGUGCCGGUGCUGCCCGUGCCUGUGCUGCCCGUGCCUGUGCUGCCCGUGCCUGUGCUGCCCGUGCCUGUGCUGCCUGUGCCUGUGCUGCCUGUGCCUGUGCUGCCCGUGCCUGUGCUGCCCGUGCCUAUGCUGCCCGUGCCUGUGCUGCCCGUGCCUGUUGCUGCCCGUGCCUGUGCUGCCCGUGCCUGUUGCUGCCCGUGCCUGUGCUGCCUGUGCCUGUUGCUGCCUGUGCCUGUGCUGCCCGUGCCUGUGCUGCCCGUGCCUGUGCUGCCCGUGCCUGUGCUGCCCGUGCCUGUGCUGCCGUGCCUGUUGCUGCCCGUGCCUGUGCUGCCCGUGCCUGUGCUGCCCGUGCCUGUGCUGCCCGUGCCUGUGCUGCCCGUGCCUGUUGCUGCCCGUGCCUGUUGCUGCUCGUGCCUGUUGCUGCCCGUGCCUGUGCUGCCCGUGCCUGUGCUGCCCGUGCCUGUUGCUGCCCGUGCUUGUGCUGCCCGUGCCUGUGCUGCCCGUGCCUGUGCUGCCCGUGCCUGUGCUGCCUGUGCCUGUUGCUGCCCCUGUCGCUGA